CGAGCUAGAGAAAACGUUAAAUAUUUUUAUUUAAUAAAUUAAAAAAAAUAAUAAUAAUUAUAUUAAACUUUAAAAAAUAAUUUUGUGAAUAAUAUAAAAAAGAAAAGAAAAUUCUAAGAAAAAUAUAAAACAUUUAAAAAUUUAAUAAUGGAAAAUCAAACAAUGAUUUUUACCAACAGUCCCUAUAACACACCACCUAUAACGUCGUUAUAUGCAUCAUAUCAUACCCCGCCAUAUACAUUCAACUACAGUGCUUGGCCAGAGGCGGUAUAUCAGCCCUUUAGUAUGAACGAGGAUGUUUUACAAAUGCAACAACAGUUGAGAUUCCCCACACCUCCCAUAACCCCUCCCAGAGGCUUUAGUAAUACAACUGCUUCGCCACCUGCUAAAGAAUUGCCUGAACAUCAGCAUAAAACCCAACAACAACGCACUCAAUCGGUUAUUAUGAAAGUUGGUCAUGAUCAAAAUCCCCAAUAUUUGCCAGCCGAUCUUUCUUAUGACAACUUAGAAGAGGAUAACAAACAUACUAAUUCUGGACUUAAUAAUCACAAUCUUCAUCACCACCACCAAACCCAUGACCAACAACAACAACAGCAACAACAAUUACACAAUGACACCCCUAGCAGUGGAACUUCAUCGCCAACCUCACACAACGAAUUUAUAUGCGAUUGGAUAGAUUGUGGCAGAUACUUUGAUAGUCUAGAAUUAUUAGCUCACCAUGUAACUUUAAUACACGCAGUGGCCUCAUUAACGGAUGGCCUCUACUAUUGCCGCUGGUCGGGAUGUCAACGUACCGAAAGGGGUUUUAAUGCUCGUUACAAAAUGUUAGUUCAUGUACGUACCCAUACCAAGGAAAAGCCUCACCAGUGCCAUUUGUGUGACAAACGUUUUUCUAGAGCUGAAAAUCUUAAGAUACAUAUACGUUCGCACUCUGGUGAGAAACCCUACAUUUGCACUUUUGAAGGUUGCAACAAAGCCUACUCAAACUCCUCGGACCGUUUUAAACAUACACGUACACACUCUAUGGAAAAACCUUACAUGUGCAAAGUUCCAGGCUGCCAAAAACGCUACACAGAUCCUUCAUCGUUACGUAAGCAUGUGAAAACUUUUAAGCAUUCUGUGCAAAUUGUAGAUUUCAAGGCUACUGCUCAUGCCCAACAAUCAAUAUCACACAACAAUGUAGAAGAAGAAUCUCGUCUGUCAUCCCUGGAAGCAGGACAUAAAUAUCCCUCCUAUCUCAUGUUACCAAAUGCAGUAACAGCUACCACAAAUCAGGAUACAUUUUGUAUGGCUAUGGAAGAAAUGUGUCACAUAAAAGCAACCCUUAAUUGUUUCUCUGCACCAAACUCGGCUCCAGUCGACCAAGAAUCCUAUUGGUUACACGAAGAACACGAAUUUAAAGACUCCCUCCACUAUCAACAUCAUCAUAAUCCAACUGCGUAUCAGCAAACUGCUGAUUACAGUUUGCAAUUAGAUUUAACUACAGAUAAACCUCUCGACCUUAGAGUCAAACGUUGUUGAGUGUAGCGGUCUUAUGCGUUCAAUCAAAAGUUUUAAGAGUAUUAUUAAGAAUUUUGCAUACAUAUAAUAUGAGCCAUAUUAAAUUCUAGUCUGACUUUAGUCUUCCUACUUAGUUUUAUUAUAAUUUUUUGUUUUCUUAAAAAUAAAAACAUUUUUUUAUUAUUAUUUUAAGUAUAA